CGCUCCAUUAUCGAUAAGCCAAAACAUAACUCUUCUGUUUUUGAUCUCGCGUUGGAUGAAUAUUUCUCAAACUUUUAAUUCAAUUCCGUAAAAUUGUUUCCACUGACCGAAAUAACCAAUGGACAAAUCAGCCCUACCUGCUGAUGGUGUGCUUGAGUUCAAACGAGCAAAUCAUUGUAAUCUGCGCUCGGUUAUCCUGCCUUAUCGGGACCGUGAAAAGUACACAAUCGGCGAUAAGUUCACCUCGUGGGAGGCACAAGGCCAAUUCAUCUUUCUAGAUACGUGGGGCCAUCCUAACUGGAACUUCCUUCCCACUUCGCUCGUGGAGAUCUCGUGCGAGUUUGACCAUUUCUGGGUCAAACCUCUCGAGGGAAACUUGGUUUUAAAAAAUGGAGUAAAUCUUGAUGACAAGCAACGGGAGUACGUUAGUAAUUGGGACAAAUGCGAUAAGGCUUCGAUUCAGGGUGUGCCAGAGGAUGUGGCUAACUUGGAUUUAGAUUUCACACCAGAUCGCAAUCAAUUGGUAUUCUCUCACAUUCUAUCCUAUCUCCCCCUCGGAACCCUGAAAAACGCUCGACUGGUUUGUAAACACUGGGACGAACAAGUGUUUCCAAUCUUGCGAAUGAAAUCCGCCAUUGGUUUCGAAACUCGAUUCCAUCGUGAUGAUGUGACCACUCCAUCCCACCAGUUAUUCCAAUACGUCCAUGAAAUGAGGAAUGUCGCACCAUGGCCAAAUUGGAAGAUUUGGUAUCCACUAUUACCAACCGGAAAUGAAUGGAACGACGUCGAGAGGAAAUGGACCGUAAAAUACAUCGAGGACUUGGACUGGUUUCUUCAUCCCAGUAGAGGACACAAUGUCAAGAGUUUAUCGUUGUCGUCUGUAUUCGUUAUUUCCGAGCGGGGUUACUGGAUAUUUCUCAAAUCCGUUACUCAGUUGAAGGACACCUUGGAAGAAUUGCAUCUCGACUUGGAUAAUAUACGAAUCUUGGAUCAGGAUGGCAACGAGAUUAAAUAUGACUUGGAUCCUAUUAGUUUCAAAAUGCUGAAGAAAUUUUCACUAAACCUCACGUCCCGUGAAUCUGCCCGUGGAUUGGAUAAUAAACAAUUGACUGCCCCCUGGAUAAAAUAUUGGGCGGAUGCGAUUAAACGUGUGGAGUCCAUCUAUUCGCGCGGUUGUGAUUUUCUGGGGUCACGAUUUGCACAGGAGUUACAAAUCAAUGGGAAGUGUUAUCAAAAUUUGAAGGAUAUUCAGUUAACAUGCAAGCCAUCGGUUGCAAUCAAUUUUCUCACCGAGUUGGCCCAAACCGUGACGAAUUUGACGCUCACCAUGCCAAUGAAUCACAAUGAAUUUCAUUUCGUUACACCCCCAAAGUUCCCAAAGUGAAUUUUGAUUUGGUUACGCCCCCAAUGUUUCCAAAAAUGAAUUUUUACUUGGUUACACCCCCAAAGUUCCCAAGAAUGAAUUUUGAUUUGGUUCACGCUCACCAUUCCUCUGGAAAUACGAGACCUGAGAGACUUUGAAAAUUUGAUCAAUAAAUUCGCCCCAUCUUUGGAAUUACUGUCUUUUAUAAUCUCCACUAAAGGCCUUGAAGAAAAGUCUCGCUUCGUCCUCAAUCUUCCAUGUCUCCCGAGGCUGAAAAAGUUGGAUAUUUAUUUUGGUUUCUUUCAAUACAUCCGCAGUUCCGAAAUCCGUGCACGUGAGGGUCAUACAAUCAAAGAUGUGGCCCGAUUCCGGCUCUCUCGUUUUGGUGGCGAUGACCUCAGUAUCGACUAUGAACGUCACCUUCCCUCGAUCCGUAGCAUCGUCGUGAAACCAAAAUUUGACGUCAGUCCGGCUGAAUUUUGGGACACGUAUAGCGACCUGUUUGACAGUCUCCUACCCAAAGAAGAAGGACAGAGUUGCCAGACUCUGCAACGCUUGAAAAUUCCCACCUGGGAUGGCAAGAUUGGGGAAGGAUAUCUUCAAGCUGGCCGACUGCCGAAAGUCUUUCCAAGUGUUCGGAACGAAUGGAUGCACGAUUUACGAGAGAUGAUUAACGAAUGAAGAACUUGAUACAAAGUAGAUAAAUGCACAUUCAUGAGUUAAUAUGUA